GUGUGAUUGCACAUUGUAGAUGGCGGCAAAAAAUGUUUUCAUGUGUGUAUUUAAUCCAUAAAAUGAUGCAAAUACUUUUUUGAAAUGCGUUGGAUUAGUAUUUAAUUAAAUGUAGCAAGUUCUACAAUUAAACGAAACGUUGAUGUAAUUUAUUUGCACGAUAUGGAGGAAUCUAUGAAGUUUGACAUUAAAGAGGUUAAGACUGACCUUUUGCGCGCGAUAAACGAAUGUUCCCAGCGUGGAUUAUUGCAUACCACAAAGUGGUUAGCAGAAUUAAGUUAUUCUUUGAGAGAUGUUAAACUAUAUAAUCACGAUAUUACCGCCGAUAUACAAUUGCCGGAUGUUAGCGACGAAGAAGAUACGUACAUUUUGGCGAAAUCCUAUUUCGACUCGAAAGAGUACGAUAGGGCAGCUUAUUUUACGGAGGGCUGUAAAACUCCGAAAGUUAGGUUUCUACACUUGUAUUCUCGGUAUUUGUCUGGAGAGACAAAGAAGAUAUAUGACACGACAGUAGUACCUCCAGACCCUUUAAAAAACAAUAGUCUGAAAUUAUUGUGUUCCGAUUUGAGGAAAGACCAUUUGGCUGAUAAGCUUGAUGGUUUUGGUUUAUAUUUGUUUGGGGUCACCUUGAAGAAGUUACAACUUGGUCAUGAAGCUAUGGAUGUAUUGGUUGAAGCAACUCACAAGCAACCUAUGCAUUGGGGAUCUUGGUUAGAAUUAGCUUCUUUGGUAACAGAUAAAGAAAAAUUGGAAAACCUAUGCUUGCCGAAUCAUUGGAUGAAGCACUUCUUUGUAGCUCACAUGUAUUUGGAGUUACAGUUAAUCGACGAAGGUUUAGCUUUGUAUUGUGACUUACAAUCAAUGGGCUUCGAAAAAAAUGGUUAUGUACGUGCUCAAACUGCAAUUGCAGUACACUAUAGGAGGGAUGUUGACAAUGCUAUAGAGACAUUUAAAAGAAUAAUUAAAGAAGAUCCCUAUUGUUUGGAUAACAUGGAUACGUAUUCUAAUUUGCUUUACGUAAAAGAAAUGAGAGUUGAACUAGCAAACUUGGCUCACAGAGCAACAGAAAUAGAUAAAUAUAGAUUAGAAACAUGUUGUAUAGUAGGAAAUUACUACAGUUUAAGAGGAGAUCAUCAAAAGGCAGUGAUGUAUUUUCACAGGGCACUGAAAAUGAAUCCACAGUAUCUUUCAGCCUGGACGUUACUUGGUCAUGAAUUUAUGGAGAUGAAAAACACCAAUGGUGCUAUUCAUAGUUAUCGACAAGCUAUUGAAGUGAAUAGGCGAGAUUAUAGAGCAUGGUAUGGUUUGGGUCAAACGUAUGAAAUUUUGAAAAUGCCAUUCUAUGCGAUUUAUUAUUAUAAACAGGCUCAGCUUUUGAGACCACACGACAGUAGAAUGGUUCUAGCUUUAGGAGAAGCAUAUGAAAAACAAGACAAAAUACAAGACGCUCUCAAAUGUUAUUACAAAGCAUGUAGCGUCGGUGACAUCGAAGGGAUGGCAUUGUUAAAAUUAGCUACGUUAUAUGAAAAAUUGGGCGAGCACGACAGCGCGGCUGCAGCUUAUACCGAUUUCGUGAUGGAUGAGUUUAGAAACGCGGAUAGGACCGAUUUAAGUCACGCGUACAAGUACCUAACGCAGUAUCAUUUAAAACGAGAUCAGCUGGAUCAAGCGAAUCAUUACGCGCAAAAGUGUUUGCAAUUUGAUGAAACGAAAGAAGAAGCUAAAGCGCUGCUACGAACUAUCGCCCAAAAGAGAGUGAAAGUAGAGGAAACGUCGAUGGUGGUUGAGGAUAUGAAUGAAACAGAUCCUAUCAUCGAUAGAGGAGAAAGAACAGAUGCUACCCCGGGGAAUCAGUUAUCGCCGAUGAAUCUAUCAUUUAUGCCUACGCCAUAAGAUACUAUAAUGGUAAGAAUACACGUCAGUUGUUAAAACUGUCACUUUGUAUGUUGUAUAUAUUUUUAAUAAAUAAAUUUGAAAUCAUAAUUGAUAUCGUCAUAUGUGAAAUGGAAAGAGGUUAGAAAAGGAAGCGUAUCGAAUU